GUCUACAGACGUCUUUUGAUGAUGAUUGGCAGGCAGGCAGGAUUACUGCUGACAGCUAUCGCAAUGGCACGGAGGACGGAGCUCUGGCGUACAAACUCCUCAUCCAGACUGGCUCCAAGAAGGAGCCUUUUAACUACAGCCAGCUGGUUUCUCGUCGGCUGGUAGACGCUGAGGGUCUGAUCCCCCCAGAGGUGUUUUACAUUUACCUGACCGUUUGGGUCAGUAACGAUCCUCUCGGCUACGCUGCCUCCCAGGCCAACUUCUACCCCCAUCCCAGAGAGUGGAUUCACGACAAGUAUGACACUACAGGGGAGAAUCUGCGCAUUCCAGCUGCAGAGCCCCUUGAGUUUGCCCAGUUCCCCUUCUACCUUAACGGCCUUCGACAGGCCAGUGACUUUGUGGAGGCCAUAGAGAGCGUGCGGGCCAUCUGUGACGAGUUCAGCCGCAAGGGAGUGUUCAACUACCCUAACGGAUACCCCUUCUUGUUCUGGGAGCAGUACAUUGGCCUCAGACACUGGUUCCUGCUGGCGAUCAGUGUGGUUCUAGCCUGCACCUUCCUGGUCUGUGCGAUCCUCCUGCUCAACCCCUGGACUGCCGGCAUCAUUGUAAGCCAACAAUCUAUUCAUCACGUCCUACUCUUCCUCAUCCUUCCCACUAUUUUCCAUUCUGGCCUAUUUCUGUCUCACCUUGUCCCUCUCAUCCUACGUCAACAACAUCAUUACCCCCUUCCUCCCGCUCCUCUUCCUCUCACUUUCUUCUCACCCUUCUCAGCACAGCUCAAUAAUGCUGUCUAG